UUGAGCGAGAUGGCUGCCAAGGCUGAAGGCGGUCUGUUGGUGGCAAAAGGAAAGGCACCACUGCCCCUCAAGAGCGUCUCUGUGGACGCACAAGUCAGGGGCUUCGUCAUGGGGCUCCGGUCCACCCUCACCUACUCCAACGACUCUCCAGAUCCAGUGGAGGUCCUCUUCAGAUUCCCAGUGGAGAAGUCGCACGCUGUAGUCGGCCUCACAGCCGUCAUCGACGGACGUAAGAUCGCGGCUCAAGUGCGCGAGAAAGAAGAAGCGAGAGCGCAGUACGACGACGCGAUCGCAAGCGGUCUUUCCGCAGCACUAGCCGAGGAAAAGAGCGGCGACAUUUUCAGCAUCGCACUGGGCAACCUUCCACCGGGGAAGGACGCUCAAAUCCAGUUGCAGCUUGUCGGGGAGCUGGGCGUUGACGCGGAGGGUGGGGUUCGCUUUUCUCUUCCGUCCACCCUCAAGCCUCGUUACACCCCCACGGGCUCCACUGAUCCGCUGGCACCAGUCCCAGCAGGAGAAGAGGAGCAGGUGAAGAGUGGUACGGUAUCGGCGGUGUCGUGGUUCCGCCUGACAGUGGAAGGAGCAGAUGGUGUAGCAGAAGUCACCUCCCCCACCCACUCCAUCACUGUCAAACCAAAUGAUGCCAACCAACUUGACGUCCGUCUCUCAAAGGAGCUGGACAGCGACCUAGUGAUUCUGGUGAAGCACAAAAGCCCGUAUGCUCCAACAUCAUCAGUCGAACCUGGGGUGGGUGGAGAAGGCACUGGGGAUUUUAUAUCUGGUUCAGCAGUUAUGCUUAACUUUUUCCCUACCUUCAAGAAGGACGAGGCAGCAUGCGAAUUUAUCUUUUUGGUGGAUCGCAGCGGGAGCAUGAGUGGGUCAUUCAUCUGCAGUGCUCGCGAAACGCUCGUUUUUUUCCUCAAGAGCCUCCCUGAAGGCUGCUACUUCAACAUCAUCGGAUUCGGCUCCUCCUAUGAGAAACUGUUUCCCCGGAGCGUUGUAUACAACGAGAAGCAUUCGGAGCAAGCCAUGAAGCACACUCAGAGCAUGACGGCAAAUCUCGGCGGCACUGAGCUAUUGCCUCCCCUCGAGUACAUAUUUGGGUCGCCGUGCCUCAAGGGCUUCACUCGGCAGGUGUUUGUUCUGACUGACGGCUCAGUUAGCAACACUGACGCCUGCAUCCGGCAAGUGCGUGCUAAUGUCAACACUACCAGGUGCUUCACAUUCGGGAUUGGUUCUGGAGCAUCGUCAGCUCUUGUGGAGGGGCUUGCACAGGCUGGGAAUGGCACGGCCGAGUUUGUAAAGGAUGGAGAGCGGAUGCAACCAAAAGUGAUACGUAGUCUCAAGAGAGCUCUACAACCGGCAAUGACAGAUAUCAGUCUGGAGUUCAAAGUGCCCUCAAAAUGUGUAGUGCUGCAGAGUCCGCAGAAUCUCCCUCCCAUUUUCAAUGGAGAAAAGCUGGUAGCUUAUGCUGUAAUUCAAUCAAAGGCCCCAUUCAAAGGAUCGAAAUGUACAGCACUCUUGAAGGGGAAAAUGCUUGGAGCAAAACAGAAGUACAGCGUUCCAUUCGUGCUUAACAGCUCCGCCCCAGCACCAAGCCUGCCUGUCAUCCACCAUCUUGCUGCAAAAGCACUCAUCACAGAUUGGGAGACAGCGCAAAAGGAGAAGAAAAGCAUCGUUGAUCUGAGCGUCGAGUCGAGUGUCAUCUCCUCCCACACUGCCUUUAUUGCCGUUGAUGAAGAGAGCUCCGAGCCUGUCAGCGGCUCCAUGAAGACCUUUGAUCUACGAGCUAAAGGGUGGGGUUCAAAUCGGAGCAGUAGCUGCAGUUACAGCUCAAUGAGCGAUGAAGAUUGUGAAGAUGUUUUGCCCACUAUGUCUGCAGCACCUCCACCUCGUCCUCCUAAGCCUCGUGUUUUGCCCACUAUGUCUGCAGCACCUCCACAUAGUGCUCCUAAGCCUCGUGCCGCCACCAACAAGAAAAUAAGAGGAGCACCGAGAGCUGUAGAUGCUGAAGAGAGUGAUGAAGAAGAGCACAAAGCUAUGCCAGUACAAAUGAAAGAAACGUUGAAUGAAUUGUGCGAGGCAGAGUUGGAGUAUGAACUGGCAUCGUGGUCAGAGGGCGAAGGACAGGAGAGGGUACUGCAGCAGAGAAUGGAAAAAGAGGCCAAGCAAGCAUCUUCAGACAAAAUGGCGGGCCUGGCCACCCUAACCAGCUUGAUCACAGCGCAGCAAGUAAAAGGCUCUUGGGAGCUGACUGCCUCAUUUGCUCAGCUGAUUGGAAAGCCACUUGCAGACUUGGAGGCAGCCUGUCCAAUUGGGAGAGAGGGAGUGGGGCCUACAGUGUGGGCUACCGUUCUGGCGGUGAGUCUACUGCGAUCUCGAUACUCCAGUCAGCAAGAUGAGUGGGAGCUGAUUGCAAUGAAGGCCGAGUCGUGGCUGAAGAAACAGAGCCUCCCAAGUGACAUAACCCUUCAGAAACUAUUCCAAGAUGCUCAGAAGCUACUUCAGUAGCUCCAAAAUUAGUAGCACCAUUACGUAAUGAUUACCUUUUGCGAACGAAGUCACAACAGACGCUCUGAUAAGACGGGCGCAGUCAUCAUUCUGUACGCGCUGGGAGGGAGCCACUGGAGAUACGACAGGGGCUGCUGAUAGAUUAUGACCACUGCUUCUGGCCUCGUUCCGAAAGGGAAGGAUGCGUCCCUCCCCCUCAAGAGCGUCUCUGUGGAUGCUCAAGUCAGGGGCUUCGUCAUGGGGCUCCGGUCCACCCUCACCUACUCCAACGACUCUCCAGAUCCAGUGGAGGUCCUCUUCAGAUUCCCAAUGGAGAAGUCGCACGCUGUAGUCGGCCUCACAGCCGUCAUCGACGGACGUAAGAUCGCGGCUCAAGUGCGCGAGAAAGAAGAAGCGAGAGCGCAGUACGACGACGCGAUCGCAAGCGGUCUUUCCGCAGCACUAGCUGAGGAGAAGAGCGGCGACAUUUUCAGCAUCGCACUAGGCAACCUUCCACCGGGGAAGGACGCGCAAAUACAGUUGCAGCUUGUCGGGGAGCUGGGCGUUGACGCGGAGGGUGGGGUUCGCUUUUCUCUUCCAUCCACCCUCAAGCCUCGUUACACCCCCGCGGGCUCCACUGAUCCGCUGGCAUCAGUCCCAGCAGGAGAAGAGGAGCAGGUGAAGAGUGGUACGGUAUCGGCGGUGUCGUGGUUCCACCUGACAGUGGAGGGAGCAGAUGGUGUAGCAGUAGUUACCUCCCCCACCCACUCCAUCACUGUCACACCAAAUGAUGCCAACCAACUUGACGUCCGUCUCUCAAAGGAGCUGGACAGCGACCUAGUGAUUCUGGUGAAGACGAAAGAGCCACACGCUCCCAAGGCGAUUGUAGAGGGUGGGGAGGAGAAAAAGGGGUCCUUCAUGUCUAGUACCACAGUUAUGCUCAACUUCUUUCCUAGCUUUCCAGAGAUAGAGGCAGCGUGCGAGUUCAUUUUCCUUGUCGAUCGCAGUGGAAGCAUGAGAGGUUCGUACAUCAAAAGCGCUCGUGAAACUCUCGUUCUUUUCCUAAAGAGUCUUCCUCAGGGCAACUACUUCAACAUCAUGGGGUUUGGUUCCUCUUACACGUCGCUCUUCCCGAACCCUGUGCCCUAUGACAAAAAGCACUUGGAAAAGGCCAUCAAGCAUGCUCAAGGGAUGGAAGCAGAUCUCGGGGGCACAGAGCUGUUGCGACCACUGCAGCACAUCUUCGAGACGAAGCCACGCUCGGGGUAUGCAAGGCAGGUGUUCGUGUUGACUGACGGAUCUGUGAGCAACACUGACGCCUGUAUUCAGGAGAUGAGAAGCAACCUCAAAAAUGCAAAGUGUUUCACUUUUGGAAUAGGAUCUGGAGCUUCAUCUGCCCUGGUCAAUGGUCUUGCUACAGCUGGAAAUGGAGCGGCAGAGUUUGUGAAGGAGGGAGAGCGCAUGCAACCAAAGGUUAUACGUAGCCUCAAGCGAGCUCUGCAGCCUGCCAUAACCGAUGUUUCAGUCAGUUUUGAGGUCCCAAAGGAGUUUCAAGUUACGCAAAGUCCACAAAACCCCCCACCGGUCUUCAAUGGAGAAAAGUUGGUCGUGUAUGCUACGCUCAAAUCACAGAAAGCCCUCGAGAAAACAGACUGCACCGCCACCUUGAAGGGAAAUAUGCUUGGAGAAGAGCUGGAGUAUAAAAUACCUUUUACGUUCGACAGCUCUGCCUCAGCACCAAGCCUACUUGUCAUCCACCAUCUUGCUGCAAAAGCACUCAUCACAGAUUGGGAGACGGCACGAAAGGAGAAGAAGAGCAUCGUUGAUCUGAGCAUCGAGUCGAGUGUCAUCUCCUCCCACACUGCAUUUAUUGCCGUUGAUGAAGAGAGCUCCGAGCCUGUCAGCGGCUCCAUGAAAGUAUACAACAUUCAAGCUCCUAUGAGAUUCAGUUUUGGUGGUGGUCGUGGUGGUGGUACACGCAGGGAAGCAAUGCAUGCUGCUCCACGAAUGAGAUGCAUGUCUGGUGGUGGUGGUGGUGCACCCAGGGGAGCAAUGCUGCCAAUGAAUGCUUCUCCACGAAUGAAGGACAAAAAGAGAAGUAAAGGGCGUUCUGUUGCUGAAGGUUCCCCAUCACUAGCAAAUUGUCCUACAAGACUUGAACGCGAUGAAAUGUGUCUUGAGAAGGGUGCUGCUAGAGCACCUGAAUCUGUUGUUGCAGUUUCACCUGCACCUUUGUCAAGCUUGUUUGGUGAUCGAGGGGGAACCCCUCCAAAACCCACCAACACUUUGGAAGAUUUAGUUUCUGCCCAACAGCUAGAUGGCUCUUGGGAGCUGACUUCAUCGUUUGCUCAGCUUAUUGGAAAGCCACUUGCGGUUUUGAAGGCAGCCUGUCCCAUUGGAGUGGGGCCUACAGUGUGGGCUACUGUUCUGGCAGUGAGUCUACUGCGAUCUCGAUACUCAAGUCAGCAAGAUGAGUGGGAGCUGAUUGCAAUGAAGGCCGAGUCGUGGCUAAAGAAACAGAACCUGUCAAGUGUUGAGAAGAUAUUCAAUGAUGCAAAACUCUUUCAGUAGGCAAAAUUGUAAACUUAGUAACACAUUGUUAUGAUUACGUAUAUGAAUGUGAUUGGGCCAAGUGACGCAUGGAA